UGGGCGCACGCGCACAGCCCGCGGACCUCUUUCUGCUCAGGCGCGAGGGCGGUCCGCAGCCCUCCGUGAGGCAGCGUCGGACCCGAGCCUCGCCGUCUUCGCACCUCUGCGGUGAUUCAGAGACGUAGUGGCUGACGCCGAGCGGUGGGGCAGACCACCCUGGGAGCCAGAUGAGCAGAGAGAUCUGCGUGCACUCUUGGCCUUGCUCCUACUACUUAGAACCAGAGAAGCGAUGGGUUCCUGGAAAGCUUUCAUUAACUUCUCGCUCCCUGAGAUUUAUGACUGAUAAAACCGGGGAGACCUUGGUCAGCUUCCCGCUGUCUAGUGUGGUUGAGAUAAAGAAGGAAGCUUCUCACUUUGUCUUCAGUUCCAUCACCAUCCUGGAGAACAGCGGCCCCAAGCACUGGUUCAGCUCCUUGCAGCCCAGUCGGAAUGCAGUCUUCAGCAUCAUUGAGCAUUUCUGGAGAGAGUUGCUGCUGUCUCCACCAGAGGCAGCGCUCCCCAUGACCAAGGGGAAGCAGCUGACAGGUCUGAUGACCUGUUCUCAGAAACGCCUAGAAGAGACAGCCCGAGUCCUCCACCAUCAGGGCGAACAGCUGGACAGCAUCACCAGAGGCCUGGACAAGAUGGAAUCGGACCUGGACGUGGCUGACAGGUUGCUGACGGAGCUGGAGUCCCCUUCUUGGUGGCCAUUUAGUUCCAAGCUUUGGAAGAUGCCAGCAGAAACAAACCCCAAGGAAAGCACCUCAAUGGCUAGUCCCAAAGUUCUUGGAAAAGAAGGGGUAGUGGUCCGAAUUCCUGCUGUUAUCUCCCAAGGGAAUGCAUCUCAUGUUAAAGCAGGAAGUCUCACCAUCCUUGUGUCUGGGUUGGAAAUCCAUGACUCCUGUUCUUUGCUCAUGCACAGAUUCGAAAGAGAAGAUAUAGAUGACAUUAAGGUUCACACGCCUUAUGAAAUUAGCAUCCGACAGCGGUUCAUUGGGAGGCCAGACAUAGCUUAUCGCUUGAUAUCUGCCAAGAUGUCAGAAGCUAUCCCCAUUUUGGAGGUGCAGUUCAGCAAGAAGAUGGAGCUGUUAGAAGACGCCUUGAUGCCCAGAAGUGCCAGAUCGUCUUCCCCAAUAGAGAAGGGCUGCUCAGUCUGGCAGGCAGCGUCUGGACUGAUGGACCGUGCCAUGCCCCACGAGCCCUGCUCAGGGAGCCAGGAGGGCCCGUCACUUCAGCUGCAGAGGAGUGAGCCGCUCAUCUCUGAGGGGGAUGCCCAGGAACUGAGACAGAGCUCCGUCCAGUUUUUCCAGUGACUCAGCGGCUCCCAGAGGGUGCAAAAGGCUGCUGUCUGAGCCUGCGACCUUGGGUCAGGAUUUGUUCCUCCGCGCCUAGACGGAGCUCCCAGGGAUGAUGCUUGUGUGCAGAGAUAUGUGGGGUAAGUCCUGCCUCUGUCAGGAGCGCCUGAGACUGCAGAUGGCCCUAGCGCUCCUCACCACUGGGUCCCUCCUGCAGCGGAGCCCUUCCAGGACUUGGCGGGGGCGCCUCACAUCCCACUUUAUAGUUUUCACAGCUUGUUCACAUUUGUGAGCUCAUUGCAGCCUCACCAUUCCUGAGGAAGGAGUUGAUCUUACUACACUCCAAGCCACCUCCCUGCCUCCUCCAUUCCAUUCCUCCUAUAUCCGAUGAAGCAGCUCUCUCACGUGGUGGGCAGCACAGGGUCACUUUGUGUGAAUGCACAGGGAGUGUCACGCCUUCCCCUGGGGUGCUGUGUGGUCUCCAUGAUGACAGUAGGUCUCAGGCUGCAGUGUCCUGGCUGUGCCUGCGACAGUGAUCUCUGUGUGCGGCAUGGUGUGGUGCCAGUAAAGUUAGAUCUGGGGCCCUUCUGAUGCUCACCCAGGCUGCCCACACUGACAUCGGUCCCUAAGGGACAGAGGCCUUUGACAUGGGGAACAGGCCCCCGGGCUCCUCUGAUGAUUCAUGUUCUGCAGUUCCUUUGUCCUGACCUAACCAGUGAUCUGAAACUUUCCCUAAAAGAGGUAUUAACGUUUAUUGCAAGUAGUUGGUCAUUAAGAUCUCUCUUAAAAUCAUUCCUUUUUGUUGUUACCUUGAGGAUACUACAUUUUUAAAUGCAGGCUCACCAUGCAUGUAGUUAAAGCACAUUUCUCAAUGCAAGUGGCCUCAAUAGGAUUGCAGUAAAGUGGCUGCUCUUACCAGCGUAUGAGACGUUUUGACAUGUGACAUGAGUCCCAGAGAUGUUGGCCUCCCAGAGCCCUGGGGCCUAUGCUUCCAGGCCAGCCCACCUCUUUUUACAGGGGCCCCACGGGCUGUGCUUUGAGGCUGCUCCAGGCCUCGGGCUAUUUGUAUGUAUCUGUGAAAUGUUUCAAACAGGAAGAAAGGGAUUUGGCUUACGUGGGUGCAUACAGGUAAUAGAGACAGUGGUUGGUCAGAGCCGGAGCCUGGUUGUGCCCUGAGCCAGCCCUCCCCUGCUAUGUGGCUGGAACAGCAGUGCCCCGGGGCAUCGUCAGGAGGGAGGGGGCUGGAGCUGGCCAGAGGGCAGGCUCCGCAGCCCUGGGGGUCAGUGCUGGUCAGCAGCAGAGCUGAGACCCAAACCCGGGAUUGGAAGGCAGAGGGUUUGUCAUCCCCACUGACUCACAGAAUUUCCUAAGUACUGCAAAAUAGUGUCUGUUUUUGAGAGCUUAAGAGAAGGCAGGCCCUCCUGCCAUGUAUGCUGCUCUUGCAGAUCCUGAGGAAGCUGAAGAGUCUCGCACUGGACACUGAGACGGAGCUGGAGAGGCAGGAUGACGUCCUGGACGGCAUCACCGCAGCCAUUGACCGGACCACCUUAACCAUUGACAAGCAUAACCAACGUACGAGAAAACUGA